AAGCCUCUGAACAAUCGGUGAAUAUCGAUAUGGAUGAAAACAGUAAUGGAACUCAAUGUGCAUCGUGUUUAAUGGAGAUUUUUAAAGAUUAUGAAUAUUUAUAUGAAGAUACAUCUAACACUACCAAAUUAAAACACCAUAAACCACUCCGCUAUGAUAUAGAUGACUAUAAUACUAUUAACUUAACCAUGUCCGUUACAACUAUUGAUAGAUCUAAAAUUGACCGUUACGUUAACACAACUACAAGAUAUGUAGCUGAUUUUUACAAUAUAGAACCUGCAGCGGGUAAAAUUAAGAUCAAAGAAGACAUUAUUACUGGAGUCUUAACAAAUAAUACAGUAUGGUAUGUGCCAGAACAAUAUCCAUGUUGGGACUUGCCUGUACUUUAUGCCCAAUUAGGCAAAAGAAGACGGUCAUCUGAAGUAUUUCUUGUUUAUAGUGGAAGUUUAAGGAAUGUUAUUGAUGAGGGAGAUUCUGAUUUGCCGUUACCAAAAUCAUUCAAUGUGCCAGCGGAGCAAACAUUAAAUAAAUGGUGUGCAGUAAGCCCCUGCUAUGGAGAUCACACGUUGUGCGUGUUUGCAGAUAAAACUAUUUCCCAUAUCUGUGAUAAGGGCUACCAAGUUUUAGUUCCCAAUAUGGUGGAACAGAUAGCUCUGGUCAAUACUGUGAAUUCUAUGCGUAACCGUGUAGCUAAUGGUGUAGCCGAUAGGUAUAAACAUCUGCCUACUGCAGCCAACAUGGAGCAAAUUAUAUACGAUUUUGAUUUAGAAAAGAUGUCUAAAGCGUGGCUCCGACAAUGUUUACCCGGCCCAGCGCCUUGUUCUGCUCUCGACGGCAACUAUGUAACACAACUUGAGUGUACCAAAUAUGCAGAACUGUGCUGUGUUGCUUCGUACAGAAAAAAAUCUGCUUCUAAAUGCAUACCGAAGGCUGAAUGUUUUGUGUCUCCGAUUAUUGGAUGUAUCCAUGCAUGGUUUUGGAGCGCUGGCAGCAGGCUCACGAAAACUGACGUGGAAUGCGGUCACCCUGCCCCUUCCACUUUUCACACGAUCCAGUUGUUAUGGGCACAUACAACUAAAAUAGGUUGCGCCUAUGGUAAAAGGCCUAACGGAGAUGUCAGAGUUGUAUGCAGUUUCGCACCAGGAGCACCUUUUUAUAUAGACACUAAACUCUACUGUGGUCUUAUCGCCCAUAGAGAUGUAACACACCGGUUAUCAAUACAAGGAGAUAUAACUAGUGUAUCCUUUCUGUCCGACAUAGGAAUACAAUUGAAACCAUUAACUGACGAGACAGAAGUUCUUGCUCCUCGCGCAGUACCUACAAACGUACGAAUUUCUGAUGCGGAAAAUAUAAAUAAGAUUUAUAAACAAGGGUGGUUGAGGAAAAAGAUUCCUCAUAAUACGAACGAAACUACAGGUUUGAUUGCAAGAUUGGUAACUAAAUACACUUUUUAUGAAGGUAGCGAGGCGCGAUGCGACACCGAAGAGCCAGUAUAUAUAUCAGGAGAGCCGGGUUCCCUGUGUGUCGAAAGAGGCAGAAGGUUCAGUGCCCUGUGUUACGAUUUUCGAGAUCCUACGCCAGGAUAUAGAUUAGUAGCAGUAUUGGCUCCUGCUGCUUUAUUCUCGUUGAUUUUAUUUGAUUUGUUUAGCGGUGUGAUGCGGCAUAAUAUCAAUUGAUUGGUAGUUAUUAAUAUUAAUGAAUGGUCAUGAUUAUUUAUCUUCAGUGAGUCAUAAGUUUACACCAAGUUACUAACUAUUAUACAUUCAUUUCUCGUGCUAUACAUUGGAAUUGUAUAUAUAGAAUUUCAUUUGAAUUAAUUAAAGGUGAAUGAUUACUAUAAGCUGCCUCCUUUUAAUAAUACAAAAUAAAAAACAAAUUAUGUUAGUAAUUAAACAACAAGGAAAUACCACGGAUAUUGUUAUAACAUUUUUGAUAGUACUCAAUUUGCAAUCAAAAUUGUUUAAACAACCAUCAUUCUAAUUAAAUAUUUUAAAAUUGUAAGCCUCUAUUUUAUAUUCCUUUCGAAAUUAAAUAAAGAAAUGUUUCAUAAAUAGUUUAACAGACAAA